AUGCCUGAACUCCACGAGCUUUCGGUGGCAGAAGCCGCCGCGCAGAUCCGCGAAGGAACCGUGUCGCCGGUGGCUCUGGCCGAGGCACUGCUGGCGCGCAUCGACGCGCUGGACGGCGACCUGCAGGCAUGGGUCACCAUCGACCGAGACGCGGUGCUUUCCGCGGCGCAGCAGCGAGAGGCAGAGGUCCAGCGGGGCGACUCGCUCGGCCUGAUCCACGGCGUUCCCGUGGGCCUGAAGGACAUUUUCUACACUCAAGGCAUGCUCACCGCGUGCGGGUCGAAGGUGUACGCCGACUUCGUGCCGGAAUUCGAUGCGACAUCGGUGGCCAAGAUCAAGGCGGCCGGUGGCAUCAUCCUGGGCAAGGCGGUCACCACCGAGUUCGCCUCCUCCGACCCUUCGCCGACGCGCAACCCAUGGAACCUGGAGCACACUCCCGGCGGCUCCAGCAGUGGGUCGUCUGCGGCGGUGGCGGCGCGGAUGGUUCCGGCUGCGCUGGGCUCACAGACCGGCGGGUCCACCUGCCGACCGGCGGCCUACAACGGCAUCGUCGGCGUGAAGGCCACCUACGGGCGCAUCUCACGGUACGGGGUGGCCCCGCUAAGCUGGUCUCUGGACCACGUGGGCAUCCUGACUCGAACGGUGGCCGAUGGCGCGUUGAUGCUGACCGUGCUGAGCGGCGCGGAUGACCAUGAUCCCGGCAGCCUGCGCGAACCGGUGCCCGACUUCAGCGCGCAGAUGGCCGAGCAUGACCGGCCCCCGCGCAUCGGGCUGGUGCGGCAGUACUACCAGGACUAUGCCACGCCGGAGAUGUGGGCGCACACGGAGGCCGUGGCCAAUCUACUGGCGGAGGCUGGGGCUGAAGUCGAGGAAAUACCGUUGCCGGACAGCUUCGCCGUGGUGCACAGCUUCCAGCGCAUCGUGUCGAACGUAGAGUGCGCGGGGGUCCACCAGGUCAAUCACAGCGUUCGCGCCGCCGACUACGGCCCGCGCAUCCGCGCCGGCAUGGAGAUGGGUCAUGAUCAUUAA